CUCGUACUAUCAACUUCUGUACUAACUUUGAUUGGUUAGUGGUAUCCCAAGAUGUACUGUCAUAAUGUAAUAAAAAUAUAAAGUUCGAGCUCAGAACACAAGGGAAUGAUGUCAUUUCUGAGAUCAGUGGCAACUAUUCCGCGAGCUGGGUCUGCAAUUCCGACCGAGUUUUCACUCUCUUCUUCCUGUUCUACCAAAUCUCAGAUAUUUCCAUUUCCAUCUUCUUCCCGAUCUUCGCCUCGACUUCGUGCAAGCGGUCCCAUGGCGUGUGUUCCUCAAGUUUCAGCUGCUGCAGUAUCUGAAUUCAAAGGACCAAACAUCUUCGGGGUGGUUCGGUUCGUUCAAAUUUCUAUGGAAAAUGUAAGAAUUGAAGCCAGUUUUGGCGGGUUGUCUCCAGGAAAACACAGUUGGUGUAUCAAUGAGUAUGGAGAUCUCACAAAAGGAGCAGCUUCUACCGGGAACAUAUACAAUCCUUUACAAGAUGAUCAAGCCGCCACACAGCUACCAGGCGACCUAGGAACGUUGGAGGCAGACCAAAAUGGAGAAGCGUUAUAUACGGUAAAGAAAGAGAAUAUGAAGGUAACGGAUCUGAUUGGACGAGCCAUUGUGGUGUAUGAAACAGAGGAUAAGUCGGUACACGGCAUUACUGCCGCUGUUGUUGCUAGAAGCGGAGAAGUAGGAGAGAGUUGCAGAAAGCUUUGUUCUUGUGAUGGAACCACAAUUUGGGAAGCUACUGUUUACUGAGCCAUGGCCAUAAAAAUUAUAUAUUCUAAAGUUCGGAUGCGGAAUCCAAAAAUUGUUUCUUAAAAUUUUAGUUCCUUCGCAUAUGUUCUGUAUUUUCUUAUAUUAUUGUGUGAAUAUAUUCGAUAAAUAUCAUAGUGGAUUGUGCGUACUCUUUUCA